AACCACCGACCAAGCGACUCACUGCCGCUCCUUCCCCACCUCGACCGUUGCGCGCGACUCACCGUCUCUCCUCCACGCACCACCUCCACCACCACUGCCGCGAACGACUGCAGACGAGGAAGAGCUGGAAUUGCGGAGAAACACCGCUGUGCGCUGUGCAGUCGUGUGAAGCGCGACCAUCGCAGCGUAUGGCCGAGUAAGCACUGCACUCUCCUCCGAGCACGCCGAUUCCCGCGGCGACAACAGCCCACCUCCUCCACGAUGUCGCGAACAUACAACCCUCUCUUCAAACGAGCAUUCGACGACGGGCAAGGCCGUCGCAGCCCCGACCGUCCUCGCUUCAGUCCUCUGUCCUCGCCCAGGAAGUCGCCCGUCAAGCUCACGGCAUUGGAGCCCAGCUACAACUACCCAGCGCUGAACAACCAUGUCGAUUACCAUGUGCGCCCGGAGGCGCAGUACACGGCUACACCGCAGCAGAGGCAGCGCAGUGAUAGCUAUAGGAGUGGUCACCACAGGACACCCUCGACCAUAGACACACUCGCCGAGGCGGCAUUGGCGCUUAGCCCGGCGCAUAACACCACCACGCAAGCAAGUCCGGCAUGGAAUGGCUUCAGAUACCCUCCCUUGCCACGACCUCGUAACAGCACGAACGAGCCACCCCACAAGCGAGCACGUUCCGAGGUGUUUCCCUCUCCGCUGGUCGGACAGUACGCCUCGAGGCCAGCCACGAGCUACGAGCAAGGCAACACCCGAUCGCGAGAGGCACCGCAAUAUUCGCCAGGAGCAGAUACAUAUGAAAGCCGGGUGGAAGAAGCUGCGCUUCUAUUGAACUUCCGUACAGGUGGCUGGCCCACCCACAAUGCCCGCCCUGCACCACAGCCAACAACAGCAGCGCACACUACGACUGGAUUUAGACCUCAUGCGAAUAGCUUUCCGCAGGACCCUCAGCAUAGUCGUCCCGUCGAUCUCGCCGCACAGGCUCCCUUACUACCGCCCUUCAAUCCUCAGAAUGGCAAUGUGCCUCGACCGACGCUUCCUUUUCCCCAGCAGACCAUUGAGGAUCCUGCAGCAGCCUCUGCAUAUGCCCGACCGCCUGUCCAACUCGAUAAUACAUUUCAGCAUACCCAGCGGCAACCUCAGACCGAUGUCGGAAUGCCCGACGCGCCCCCUCGCCCUCGCUCACCUCGAGCACAUGAUUCCUCACGCGCUGUGAGCACCGACGUCACAAUGAGCGAAACAUCGGAGAACACAGCGAAAGCGAAGCGAACUGUUGCUAAGAAUAAAUCGCGGUCUGCAACCUCACGAAAGAGCAUGAAUGAGAAAGCAGCGUCAAAGAGGGCGGCGUCGCGAAAGAAGACCCCGGACGCAUCUAAAGCGGCGAAAGCUGCGGCGCAACUUCCGGGAGCAGAUUGGGAAGUGAAGUCAGACAGGAACCGCAGGAAGAGCUUCAAUGGUGCCGAGCAAGCGCAGUCUAGCGACCCGCAAUUGCAGCGCGGUCAGUCCGUUCCACCUGAGGUUCCCAUGUUGGUUCGCCAAAUACCGGUCACCAAAGAACCAAGUAGAUCGAAAAGAUCCAAAGAAGUCACGUCCGAAACAGUCUGUGCCGGCUGUGAGAUUGCCAGAGAGACCAGCAAAGCCAAUCCAGAGUUGGACGAGUGGGUGUGCUGCAACGGGUGCAAGAAGUGGUAUCACUUGGAUUGCGCUGGGUUCUCCAAGGCCUCGGAAGUACGUGAUGUCGACAAAUUCUUCUGCAAGCCUUGUGAGCCCGUGCAUGGUAAGACUACUUACGUACGCAAGAGCACGCGCGCGCAUGCCUCUGUCGACUACGCCGAGCUCCAGCGAGGCGUGUUGAAGACCAGCGAGGAGAGUAUGGAGCAUCACUACGUGCAACCUAUCAAAGAUGGCACAUUCCAAUUCGAUCCUGAGAACUUCCCACGUAUGCGACCAGAGCUCGUGACGCGAGAAUUCUUCGAGAAGAGCAAUACGUUCACCGAACCAAUUUGCAUACCAGCAGAGUGGAAUCCUCGGCCGUGGUUGCGGAAGCGGCAGCAACGGAAAGGUAGCGAUGAUACCGCGGUAGCUGAUGCGGACAACACUGAAGAAAUGGCGACUGACGACUACGAAUAUGAUGCUGUUCCUGACGACGGGCAAGACAAGCUGGAUAUGGUCAUGCCGGAGGAUCUGACAGUGCGACAAGUCUGCAAUCUGGCAGGCCCGGACACCCCACUAGAUGUCAUUGAUGUGAAAACGCAGAACUCAGGCGCGAAGUGGACGCUCAGCCGCUGGGCAGACUACUACGAAGAGACAGGCGACGACAAACCCAUUCGCAACGUUAUCUCUCUGGAAGUAUCUCAGACUAAGCUCGGCCGUCUGCUCCGUCGACCGAAGGUCGUACGCGACAUCGAUCUGCAGGACGAAGUCUGGCCGCAAGAAGAAAAGGACAAAGGCAAGUGGCCUAAAGUCCAAUUCUAUUGCCUCAUGUCUGCGGCGGACAGCUACACAGACUUUCACAUCGACUUUGGUGGCAGCAGUGUCUACUAUCACAUCUUGAAGGGCAAGAAGACAUUCUUUUUCAUCCCUCCGAAACCGAAGCACCUAAAAGCCUAUGAAGAGUGGAACGACAGCCCUCAACAGAAUUAUACAUUCUUACCCAGCAUCACGGGCGAGUGCUACAGAGUCGACCUCAACGAAGGUGACACCAUGCUCAUUCCCUCCGGCUGGAUCCAUGCAGUCUGGACACCCGCCACAAGUCUUGUCAUCGGCGGAAACUUCCUGACCAGAAUGUCGUUCAAGAAUCAAUUCCGAGUCGUGGAAAUCGAGAAAGCCAACGAAACGCCCAUGAAAUUCCGAUAUCCAUUCUUCCAAAAGAUCAUGUGGUACACUGCUAUCAAAUACAUGAGGGACGAUCCAAUGCCAGACACUGUCGCUCAAGCUUUCCAUCAAGGAUACAGAUACGACAGGCAGACGCCUGUCUGGGCUGACUACGAUGGAGAUCUUGCUGCGAUCGACGGUCGUCCAGGAGCCAAAAAUGCCCGCUACUACAGCCAGGCUGAAAUCGAAGGUCUGCCAGAGCUGGUGACCUUCAUUUUCCACACCGUGAUGCUGGUGAUGGGUCGCGUCGAAGGCAUUUCGCAAGACCGCAUGAAGCGCGUCAACGCGUCGAUCCCAAAAGGGCAUGGCGAGCCGCUCGAGGUUGCCAAGAAAUUUGCCCUGUGGGUCGCGUGGAAGCGCGGAAACGAGGAUCCUCCCGCAUGGGCACAUCCUGAUGCUGUCCUUCCAAACAGCAAAGAAGAAGGGCCUCCGAAGAAGUUGUCGGCGCGUGCGCUGAAAGAAAUGGAGCGUAAAGAAGCCAUCGUUGCGUGGAGAGUGGCGCCGGACCGUCAAAGUGCAAGGGUCAAAAACGCCACGGCUGCCGCUAGCAUUUCGACUGCACCCGGCGCUAGCGUGGCAACGGCAACUCCUGAUCGCGCGACAAGUUUUGCUCCAUCACCAUCAUCGACUCAACACCCGAAAGGCACCGAGCCGCAUCAAACAAUGGCCGUCCAGGCGCCACAGAUGGCGGCGCCGAUGGCAUUGAUGAUGAAUGGGAUACCAGGCCAGUAUCUCAGCACGCCGAAAACUUCUGUUCUGGGGCCCAAGCGCGUGGCAUGCGACACAUGCCGGAAGCGCAGAAUCAGAUGCAAGCAUAAGGACCUGGUUCUGCAGGCGACUCCAGAAAAUCUAAACGGCUUUCACAACCACAUCAAUGGUUUCACUGGUCAGGACACCAACCAAGAAAGUGUCGCAGUAACGCCACCCAAGACUAAUCAUCACUUUGCAGCAGAUGCCCUCAAUGGAUCACUCACGAACGGAGCCAAUGGCUUGGGGCCACUUCCUGGGACGAAUGCAUAUCUCAACAACAGUAUCCCGAUGACUAUCAAUGGAAUUUCCAUCUUCGGUGAUGCUGGCAAGCGCGGCAGGACGAAGGCUUGUUUCGAGUGCAGAAAGUCAAAGCGACGCUGCGUGCACGAUGAAAAUGGCAACGUCGAUCCCGUCAAGGCGGCAGAAACUCCAGUGCCUCGAGGAUCUGUGGCCAGCAAGAAGCACUCCGUUGAUGGCGACGGCACUCCAGCACAGAUCAAGAAGAAGCCAAAAGCGAGCAGUCCGAGCAACCCGAUUCCGCUUGCGCCCGCCAUCUCCCAGCAGACUAACGCAAGCCAUUCAUCGCCGCAGCCCGAUUUUCACCAGUCUAUCGAGAACGGAUCAGCUUACCCUUCACAUUCGUAUCAUUCCACACCAAUGAAUUCCGGAUCACCAUCGCAGCACUCGCAUGCAUCGCACGAACACCACCACACUAGCCAAACGCCUCUGGAUCCUCAUCUCUACGCCUAUCCCGAGCCCGAAGCCAAUGACCACGACCAGUUUGCAGCCAACGCUUUUCCGUACUCGCAAGCCGAGCGACCGCCACUGUAUCAAUUGCCUUCAUUGGAGCAGAUUGCCAACGAAGUUCUUGAUAUGAAUGGAGACUACUGCCCCACAGAGAAUGUGCACGUUUACAAGCCCGAGGAUAUCGGUGCCUCCUCGUCGUCGAAGCAAGAUGAGGCCGCCGAUUCCGCCAUCUCGAUACCAGGAAGCGAAGCAUCGGAUGUCAAGCCAGUGCCGAACGAAGAAACCGAGUCAACCACUGUUCAGCCAACUAUCGAGUCGAUCGCAACGACGAACGAUCGACUGACGACACCAGUACCAGCCGCAUCACCCGCCUUGCAGAAGACUGCUGUCAGCGAUCUGCCUCUCUACCGCCCACCGGCUCCAAUGUCAGCAUCUCCCGGGCAGACCCGUCGCCCGCUUGCCAAUGGACUUGCAUCCUCGCCGGCGAAGCGAAAGCGGGACUCCAUGUCUGAAGCAGCCAACCAGAUGAGUCCCAAGCGAGCGAGAAUUGGCGCCACCCUCGAAGAAAGCCAGCAACAGUCCGUCAUGGACGAUGAUGCUGAGCUCGCGAGGGUCUUGCAAGCCGAGAACAAUGGCCUGCGGCGACGCACCAGCAUCGUGAGCAGGUGAUUGUGCGUGCAUACUUGUGUGUUUUGAAAUCGUUUUUGUUCGCGAGAAUAAGCGAUAGAAGGUUGAUCCCCACUCUGGUACUCUUUGCUUCCUUGUAAAAUACGGUCUUUUUUCUCUCUCCGAGAGGGUAAUGGGUUCUGGUGAUGAAAAUGUGUGAUAGAGAAUGGUGGUGAUGGUGGUAGUGGAGGAGGGCGUGCGUCUGUCUCUGCGAGCUGGUUAAUCGCUUAGCUCGCUGUGAGACGCUGAAGGGAGGAAGGGAAGAUGAAACGAAGGCCUCAAUUGUGGGCAUCGGAUGUACAGUACGUUUAACACAACAAACAGUCGUAUAUGAAUGGUAUGAGAAACCAUGAUGUGAAAGCAAGUAUUCACUGCGUUUGACUAUUAUUUUGUGAUGUGGGAACCAAGAUUUCGCAGGAC